AUUGCAGUAUCUUCUUGUUCCUGCAGAACUUAAAAUUAAUAAUAGAAAGAAUGGGAAUAAGGGCUCUCCCUUUAUCUUCUUCCCAAAGUUAUUAUCCCUCGUUUGGAGGGACUCUGCAAAACACUUCCUCAUUUAGGAUCAACAAGAGCUCUUACUCAAGAAGAAUUUGUGCUAAAUCAGAUGAGAAGAGUGAGGAGGGAGAGACCACAAAGAGUAAACAAUCUCUCUUCACAAGUUUAACUGAUGCUCUUGACUUCUCUCAAGUUAGAUCUGCCGAGGAUGCCCAACUCUUGGAAGAGGCUAGAGAAUCCACCACUUCCGGCGAAAAGAUGACAAGGGAGCAGUAUGCUGCUCUUAGACGGAAGAUUGGUGGGACUUACAAGGAUUUCUUCAAAUCCUAUGUUGAUGUUGAUGGGCAAUAUGUUGAAGAAGGUUGGGUUGACAAAACAUGCAAGGUCUGCAAGAAAGACACCAAAGGUGAGCCACGGCAAUUAGACAAUUUAGGCAGAUAUGUUCAUGUCGCAUGUUUAGAGAAAUCCAGAUCUGGCAACUUCUUUACAAGACUCUUCUCAAGAUAGCAAACCUCAUCAUUUCUCCUUUUUCUUAUAACUUGUACUUCUCAUUACUGAUAAUAUAGCCAAAGGCAAAAUGAGAUAUGAUGUUCAACCUUGGCCCUAGC